UUGUAAUAACAGACAGGUCCGCUGCUCCAUUCAGCAAAACGUCCCUUUUAAGUUGGUUCCUUCUAUUAAAAACUAUUAUUCUCUGGUGACCACAGGACAACUGGACCGUGAACUAGUGUCUGAUUACAACAUUACAAUCAGUGCCACUGACGAGGGCUCUCCACCUCUGUCCUCCUCUAAAAGUGUUCAGUUAUCUGUAGCAGACAUCAACGACAACCCACCUGUGUUUGAGGAACAGUCCUACAGCGCAUAUGUGAGUGAAAAUAACAAACCUGGCUCCACUUUAUGUUCCGUUACUGCUCGAGACCCCGACUGGAGACAAAACGGUACAGUGAUUUAUUCUCUGUUAGCUGGUGAGGUGAACGGUGCCCCGGUGUCCUCCUAUCUAUCUGUUAACGGAGACACGGGGGUGAUCCACGCUGUGAGGUCGUUUGAUUAUGAACAGUUCAGGAGUUUUAAAGUCCACGUGAUGGCCAGAGACAACGGUUCUCCUCCGCUCAGCAGCAACGUGACCGUCAGUGUCUUCAUAUCGGAUGUGAAUGACAACUCUCCUCAGAUACUGUACCCCGCCCCGGAGGGCAACUCCUUCAUGACCGAGCUGGUCCCCAAAGCUGCACACGGAGGCUCUCUGGUGUCCAAAGUGAUAGCGGUGGACGCGGACUCCGGACAGAACGCCUGGCUGUCCUAUCAUAUAGUCAAAUCCACUGAUCCGGGACUUUUCACUAUCGGUCUCCACACUGGAGAGAUCAGGACACAGCGGGACAUUUCUGAGUCUGACAGCAUGAAACAGAACCUUAUUGUGGCAGUGAAAGAUAACGGACAGCCCUCUCUCUCUGCCACCUGUUCCAUGUAUUUACUGAUUUCUGAUAACUUGGCUGAGGUGCCAGAACUGAAGGAUAUUUCUUAUGAUGAGAAGAACUCCAAACUGACCUCUUAUCUGAUCAUCGCUCUGGUGUCUGUGUCCACCUUUUUCCUGACCUUCAUCAUCAUCAUCCUGGGUGUGAGGUUUUGUCGCAGGAGAAAGCCCAGACUGUUGUUUGAUGGAGCAGUUGCCAUCCCCAGCGCUUAUCUCCCUCCUAAUUACGCAGAUGUUGACGGAACAGGAACUUUACGCAGCGCUUACAAUUAUGACGCCUACUUGACAACAGGUUCUAGAACCAGUGACUUUAAGUUCGUCAGUUCUUACAAUGACAACACACUGCCUGCUGACCAGACUCUGAGGAAAAGUCCAUCAGACUUUGCUGAGGCGUUUGGGGAUUGUGAUAGUUUUCCUGAGGUAGGAACAUGUUAUAUAUAUUCUGUCCCAGAUAUGUAA